AUGGAGAAGGAAAGACAAAGAGAUCUAAGAGUCCCUCUCAUCUCUGGGUUGUUCUUCGUUACUUGUUUAACUGGUGGAAUACUCCUCUUUAUGUGGCUUCUUGAUGUUCAAGGUUCCCAACAUUGGUUUCCCAUCGUGGCAUUGGUUUUGAUAAGCUUCCCAUGGAUUUUCUGGUUCCUCACGUACAUCUACACCUUAAUCAAAGUUUGCUUUCGAAGAAGCGGGGGAGGGGGAGGCAGAGGUGGUGGUGGUGGCAGUAUCUCGAGACGCGAAAGCAGUCAAUCAAAACUUGAGUCCGCUUCCACAAACAAGAUGAACCGUACAUUAUCCAGCGGCAAAGGGCAAGUGGAAGUUGUCAUGGAUGAUGGACACAAUGACGGUGCAGAUGAAGCAUCGGUUACCUCCUCCAAGGAAUGUGAAAUGCCAUUAACUCAAUCGGUCUCAUCUUGA